CUCGUUACGUCGGAGCUUCUGCUGGCGGGAGGAAAUGUCGUUGGUCUUUCAAUGUUUUCCCUCUUGGUUAUGGUGAUAGAUAGACUUCUUACUUCUCAAAAUGAGCAAUGCAACACGAGACCAAGAGCGCAACUGUGAAGGAUCUGGCACUGAAGCAGCCUCCCUUGCCCACGGGAAACAUAUUUCCAGAGACUCCAGUGAGACUUUCUCAGGACUCGCCUCUCAUUUUACCUUCAUUGGUCCAAAGGAUGCUCCCACUGCAGAGUCCUGAUCAGUGCAAUAAGAAAAUAACAGCCAGCUGCCCACACACCAUGGGGUCUAUGCUGUCAACCGCCACGUCUGGUGACAGUCCAACUGCUCAAGCAAAAAAGACAAACUAUGUGUCAGAUGCAGAAUCAGCCAGAGUUCAGACUUUGAAUGGUUGUUCCUCAACUGCCACUCACUCAGUGCCUCAAAGGAAGGAUUUAAACAAGUCAUGUGACAGAAGGGACCUUCCUACCCAAGCUUCUGCUGGACCGAAGUCAGGGGUUCACAAGUGCUCUGCUUAUAGAAGAGAUUCAACAAAGGACCGGAAACAUUUGCAGACGGCAUCACCCCGUAGUGCUCCUUUACAUUGCUCAUCCCAGAAGAGGCACAGGGAGGUGACGGACCAAAAUCACAGUUCCAAAAAGAAACGUCUUCAUUUUCCAAAUACAAGACCUGUGAGUCAGGCUUUGGAUGUGUCGCCAAGAUUCACAUUAGAGGACUCCAAGUUUUCCCAUGAACUUCACCUGGCCAAGGAUAACUUCCCGCUACAAUGUGGGGUGAAGCAGAUGUUUUCCUGUUCUGCUCCCAAUUCUUGUGUUCGGAUCACAGAGAAAAAGCAAACUGUGAAAACAGAGAGAGAAGAAUUAAAAGAAAAUCAUGGACAGAAAUUUAAAGUGGAGAAGUCUUCUAAAAAGUUUUGCACUUCGGACAGAACAUCAGACAAAUGGACUUGUGAACUUUCUCGUCCAAAGAGUUUUACAGCAGAUCGAAAGAAGUCAUCCCACAAACUCAGGCCACUGAAGUUUGACGCCGAAGACGAGCUUUUUAAGCCAGAUAUUGUCAUUUGUCUUAAGAGGGUAAAGCCUCCUGGUGUUGAUGUCGUCCCGGCCACGGCAGAGAAAACCUCUUCAGCUACCCAGAUGACAAGUUCACAUCACAGCAGUAUUCAAUCACCGUCUCACAGUCCCAACGACUUUUCAGUAAUCGAAUCCACAUCUGCCCACACUACAAAAAAAUCAACUGCCAAAGCGCUUGACUUGUCAAACUCAGUGCCUUACCCAUCACUAAAGGAGAUAAAGUGUGAAGAUGAAGUGUCUGCCGUGGGAAGUAGACUCAAAAACAACUCUGAAUCUUCAUGCAAGAAAGUGAAGGAUGAAAAAAACUACGAGCUACACAAAUGUAAAUCCAACAUUUCUGGGGAUUUGAGUGGGGAUGGCCAACCAGUUCCUCCUCAUUCAGAUGUCUUUAAAAACGAGAGCUCUUUCAAGACACAAACGGAUGAGAGUGAUGUGGAUUCCAUUGACUUUGACUUGUCAUUAGAUGUUUGUUCAAUUCAUAGUUCCAACAGUAGUGAGGAUGAGCCUCUCAUCACACUGGAGGAGUUAAUGAGAGGCCCCAACCAACCUACAAAGACAACAGAAGAAGAUGCUGGGCCGAGAGGUUCAGGACAGGAAAGUUCUCAACCGAGUGAAGAGCUGUUGCCAGCCAGCACAAAGAGUAUUUCAUACUUGAACAGCCUUGAUCAGAUGCUUAAGGAUAUACACAUCAACAAGAAAGCUAAAGACACAAAAAUGGAGCUGCUGACUGAGUGCGCCAAGGGGCUGGAGAUGGCUGAACAUGAAGAGACCAAGGAGAGCCAAGAGGGGAACAUGACUGCUGAACAAAGAGAAUUCCUGCAAUGCUACUCACUGGUGACAAGCACAUUCAAUGACACCCCUCCUGGAGAAAAUGUCUUCUUUGUGGAGAAGUUUGGCCGAGUCUUUAACCAGGACACUCUUCAACUCCGAAAGCACUUAAUCAACCCAAAGGGAAUUCUGCAGAAAAUCUUUGUCUGGUCUGGUGCUGCCCAACUGCGACUCCACUUGAACACUGGCUUGCUCCAAGAAGCAUAUAAUUCCCAGGAUCCAUGUCCAACUGAGGUUAACCUUUACCUAUUUAAGAUGAUGUCUGUCCACACCGAAAGGAUGGUGUCAGAUAAUAUACUCCGCGAACUCUGUGGCCUCGCUUGCACUGCCGCACGUCAGACAGUGCAACAUGGAAACCAGCAGUUUAAAGUGUGGGUGCCCUCUUUGGCUGAAGUGACACUGGUGGUGUUGAACAUGGGGGUUGAUUUCGUCACACUUUAUCCAUCUGAGUCUCUGCAACCUCAGUUCACAGAAGGGGACUUGCUCGACUUGAUCUGCAGUGAAGGUCCUUCCAGCACCAGUGAGCAGAAGGUCUUCCCUCUGCACAACUGUGACAAUGUGUUUAAGUACCUGUCUGUCUGUCUGGGCCUGUGUCCACAAGUGUACAGUGAUACUGAGCUACUGUUGUUGCUAACAGUGGUGAGCCGGAUCGGGCUAGAUUCUCACUACAUCCUCCAGUCUAGAGUGGAACUUUAUGCUCUACUGUAUAAUAUUCUCAACAACCUCAGGGAGUGGGAUGUCAUGCUUCCCAGAAUAUGCUUCUCACUGACUGAUCUGACUGAUGAUCACCGCAACAUGUGUUUACUGGUUCAGAUGCUUCCGGACAGCACGCGUGGGAGAGAACUAAGCCAACAUCUGAGUAUGUCCAUGAUCUCCAAGUUAUUGGAUGGGACCUGUGUGUACAAAGUUACAGACAGGGAGUUUCAGUUGGCUGACCUCUGCCCGUAUCUGCCUAAAAUGCGACCCUCCAGCAUUCUCAAAAUGAAGUUAGAAUCUGUCAAAAGCGAUGAAAUAAAAGCAGAUGACCCCACCUAUCUGGACCAAGAGUCGUACUACCUCUGCUACAGCCUUCUCACCCUGAUGAAUGAGGUUUCUAAUUUCCUGCACUUCCCAUCUCAUCAGAAGGAGCAACUACUGAUUCUCUGCCAUGAUCUGGAGAGGUAUAUUAAGUGUGACAUCAGAGAGAACAAGACAUGUCUCUACAGGAGCAGGGUCAAAGACUUAGUCGCCCGGAUCAGCACUAAGUGGCAAAUGCACCGCCGGGCUACCAAGCCUCUCAAUGUACAGUAUAUAUAUGACAACCUGUAUGACUACUGGCUGCCCAUAGCCAUGGAUCAGCAGGGAGGCAGCAUCAAAGAGGAGGAUGACAUGGAUCCUGGUGAGGGGAAUGAGAUGGAGGAGAAACCUGCUGCAGGAGAAGAGGAGAGCCACUCUGCGCUUGAAAAGAAUGAAGUGAAUGCACAGCAGGAAAUGCCGCCAAGUGACGGGACGUCCACUGGAGCCGAGUGUACAGCGUGUGUGGUGGGAGAUUGCUGAGCUUCACAAUGGAUCUCGACAAAAGCAGCUGCUUUUUUACAAGUGUAUUCAUUUUCUAAAUAUUUUAUAUUCACUUUCAUUUUGCAAAAUGUUCAUCUUUUUAACACUUUAUCGCCACAUCAUGGCUGAUGUAAAUAAAAGUUAUGUAUACAUUUGUUGUUUUGCAGACCAGAAUCCUGUUUGUUUUAUCCACUAAGACUCUCAGGGGAUUUGUUGUCGCACAUUUUGUUCUACUCUUGUCAUCAAUUU